AUGCCGAACAGCCCAACCUGCGCUGCCGCCUCCAUCCGCCUUGAGCUCGUCGAGGUGAACAUCACCGAGACUAGUUCAGCCGCGCCUCGAAUGGGACCUAUCUUGAGGCACGUCUUUGAUGCUCUUCAAGAAGACAACGCGAAGCUGGCGGAGGCGAUUCGAACCCGAGCGACUCGGGAGACCAACCUCCGACUGCUGGUCCGCAUUCGGGAGCUCGGCAAAGAGCAUGGUCGGAAGGAUCUACAAUCUGUGAUCGAGAAAACGACUGCCGGCCUCAAAGAGCUGAAUACCUGUCUCCAGCAGUUUGCCCUCGAGGACGGGAUUGAUGCUACCAACGGGACGGUGACGUUCCGGAGGACUGUGGAGGCUCUGGGGGAAGUUGAGGACGGAGUUGAGGAGCUGAAGCGCAUCGCCGGGGAUGCAUUGAAGCCCAUGCAGCUUCCUGGUCCAACCCCUGAGACACCAUCUCGUCACCGUUGA